AUGGCGUACAAUCCAGCCAGGUUUGCCGCAGAUUCAGGGGGCUUGAUCCCGGCCCCGUACGGGCGAGCGUGCGCCGGCUGCGCGCGUGCCAAGUGCAAGUGCUUUUACCAAGAGGGGGGCCAGACGUGCGAGAGAUGCCAACGCCUCGGGAAGCAGUGCGAGCCGGCAGUCGCCGUGCGGAAGCGCAAGGCGCAGACACAACCGCCGCCGCCGGUUCCGUCUAGGCUCGAGGGGAAGCUCGAUGACAUUGUCUCGCUGCUUCGCUCGCAGGCCGCUCACAAGGAGAGCCACGCGAACACCCCGUCCAUGACCGACGGCUCGCCCUCGGCCGCGAGCGUUUCCGCCACCUAUGCGGCUGUCUCGCCUCCGACCAGGGACCCAGACGUUGCCAUCAGCACUGUAUCAAGCAUCGUCCAUCUCUCACGCCCGUCCGAAGAUGUGACCCCGUCGCCCGUCGCCGAGGACGUCGCCGCCCAUAGACUUUCGCCCAGAGUGGCAGAAGCGAGUCUCGACGACUUUCGCCGCUCCUUCCUGCCCAUGUUUCCAUUUGCAUACAUUCCGGACUCAAUGACCGCGGCGGACGUCUGCCGUGGCAAGCCGUUCCUCUGGCUCGUCGUCAUGGCACUCAGUAGCAAAGACGUCUCGCGACAGUUUGCAAUGGAGGAGACCAUUUGGCACAUAAUAUCGCAGAGGAUCGUCGCCGAGCAUCUCGCCGAUCUGGACCUGCUGCUUGGCGUCAUUUGCUUUGCCUCUUGGUCUCACUACUUUAAAAAGGACAAGCCGUUUAUGACGAUGCUUUCGCAGCUCGCGGCGGCGCUUGCCAUGGAGCUGAAUAUCCAUAAAGACGUGCCGCAGGCACGCACAGCUCGACGCGAGAACUUGACGCCGCAAGUCCGCACCAUGGAGGAGCGGCGGACCAUGCUGGCCGUGUUUCAUCUAACAUGCUCCACGUGGACGGCGUAUAGGAAGACGGAGCCGCUUCGUUGGACACGAUACCUGGAAAACUGUCUGAGGAUGCUGCGCGACAACGCUGAGACGUCCUUGGACGUCACUCUGGCGACCCAGGUUGAGUGUCAGCUCAUCGCCAACAAGUUGACUUGCGCCGGCUUGGACGAGGCCACGGAGCGGGAUGCGGGCGCAACGACUGCGGUAUUGGUCAACGUCCUGCUGAGCCAGCUGAGCGGGAUCCGACGAAACUUGCCUCAGGGGAUUCAAUCAGAGAGGGCAGUGCAGUUCUAUCUGAGCCACACCGAGAUCACGAUCCGAGAGGCGCUUGCUGCGAGACCGCGUACGGAAUCCGCAGACAGCCUCAUGCAGUUCCGUAGGCUGGAGGAUCUGGAGCUGCUAAUGGGGAGCGCCGAGAGGUGGCUGGACGCCUUUACGCACAUGCCGCUGGCCGACUGGGUCGGCGUCAACGUCGACGUCUUUGCCCAGUUUACGCACACCCUGGUGGUCGUGCUCCGGCUCAACACCGUCAGCGAGCCCGGCUGGGACUUGCAAGAGUCGUGCCGGCGCGCCGACGUGCUGGAGAUUUUGGACCGGGCGUGCGACACCAUCGACCGCGUGCCGCCGGCAAUUGGCAUGGUGGACGCGAAAGGACCGCGAUCGGGGCUCUUCUUUAAAACGACGUACCUGCUCAAGGCCAUCAAGUCUUUGUUUGUGGCGGAGAUGGGGCCGAAGGACGGCGUCUCGAUCCUGGACGACUUUCUGAUGAACCUGGAGAACGAGCCCUGGCUUUCCGACAUUUUGGGUCCGUCGUGGGAUGCGCAGUUUGAGGGUGCCAUGGAUAUGCCGUUUGGAGCGGCCUGA